AUGGGUUUUUUUUUUCCACAUGCAAACGAGACGGCACGGGUAAUGGGCAAGCCGCUUUCUGUCAUUGGAUUUUUUGUUGGUUCUCGGAUGACAUUUGUUAACUCCACCCCCACCGCACAGACAAUAAAAACAGCUACCGCCAAAGCUAGAACUAGAGCUAGAACUAGAAAUACAGCUACAAACGCACACGAGAAGGCCAAUUACAAAAUGGACUCGUACUCGAUAACAAACGUGAAGUACCUGGACCCCAGCGAACUGCACCGCUGGAUGGUCGAGGGCCACACCACGACGCUGCAAGAGCCCUUCCAGGUCGUGGACGUGCGAGGCUCGGAUUACAUGGGGGGACACAUCAGGGACGGAUGGCAUUUCGCCUACUCUCGCCUGAAACAGGACCCGGGGUACUUGCGUGAGCUUAAGCGCCUUUUGCUGGAGAAGCAGCAGGUCGCGGCGGACGGCGACGGCGACGGCGACGGCGCGCUCAACGUGGUGUUCCAUUGCAUGCUGUCACAACAGCGCGGGCCGUCCGCGGCGAUGCUACUGCUGCGGUCGCUCGACACGGCAGAGCUGCCACGCUGCCGGCUGUGGGUGUUGCGCGGCGGCUUCUCGAGUUGGCAAGCCGUGUACGGUGAUGACGCUGGCGUCACGGAGGGUUACCUCGCGGACCUGUGGCGCUGA